UAUAUUUUCAGUUUAUAUUCUCUACCUACUGCCACGGAUCCUACGGAUAUUGUUCCACAUAUACUCUCCGCGAGCCGCAAUUAUUUUCUAUAAUAUGGCUCAUACGGACCUCUCAACUCGUUGCCAAAUGCCAACUCUGGGCAUACAGCCGACUAUUUUCUGCUCCGCAGCAUUCCAUCGCCACUUGCAAAGGGCAGCAGUCCGAGGCUGCUUAUUUUAAAUUGGCCAUUACUGCCACCCUCUCUUCUACCCCCGUGCAGACUGAAAGACCAUCAUCGACAUUGGCACCUAACACGGCUGAAUCUAAUAAUGCUGGGAUGUCCUCAACUGUUACUCAGCACGAAAGACCAUCAACAACAUUAGCAACUGACACUCCUGAAUUCAGCAACCCUAGCUUGUCUUCUACUACGGGUCAUAUUGGAGGACCGUCGGCACCCGACACACCUGAACCUCAAAACUCUAGCACAGACAAACAAGUUGGUCUUAAAGCGGUCUACCAGUGGGAGGGUUCUUACUGAUUCUGCUAAUAGCUUGGUUGGUUCGGCGUUGGUGGCGAUGGCGGCGCAGACGACACAAACGACGUUUGAGUGCUAGUAAUGGGCGCCUUGAUGGGAAUGGACGCGUUGAUGGCAAUACUGGCGAUGGACGUGUCGAGGAUAUAAGAGAGCAAAAGGUCCAAGAAGAUUUAAACGCCGUAUUUAAAUGUUCCUGGAUCUUUUGCUUGUAGCAUUGUAUGACCUCAACUACGUCAAGCUCGGCUGAAUUUGGCAUGUGCCAACUUGGGCGCUAAUUACUGCCGGCGCUAUACCUAGCGCCUAGCGCCCAAAUUGCCCCCCCACGCCGCAUCAGUCACCGCCUCAGCCAGGUACCUUCGUACCUCUGAAUGACCAAAUCCAUGUCCGGACCUGUUAUCGCGGGUUUAGCUCUUGGAAUCGUAGCACCACCCAAGGCCGCCCAACCCUCCAACAACUCUCCAAAUCCAACACCACCGACAUCACGACCCUCUCUACUCCUGCUGCUCUUCCUCAGACGAGAAGAAGCAUAUAUAUCGAUAAUUUCUUUCUUGUUGUGUUAUUUGCCUUCGCUGAGGCCUCGAAACUCGAAACCCGGCGUGGUAAUCGCUGCCUUUGUCAGAUCAGACAAACGGAUCAUCACUUCACCAGGUCGACGACACCGUCUACGCUCCGGACCCAGUGGCCCCAACGAUAACAUCCCAGGCAGCAAGAGGCUGACCUGAAGCGGCCAUAGUCGACAAAACCCAACAACUGUCGCAACCAACACACACCUUCCAAGAUGUUCUCGGAAUACGCCUCUCGUUUCCUCGCCCAGUCUCAGUCUCGAAUCUCCAGCUUCGUCCAACCCCCCGAAAGCGACGCCGGUUCGGUCGCCCCAUCCCGCUCACGUCGCUCCUCCCGCCCUCUCGCCAGCACAGGACAUGCAUACGCCGGACGCUCAGCGUUGGGGAACCCAUAUCAAGGCGGAGGUGGGGGACAGCUGAGCGGGUUCCCGUUUGCGUCGCGGCUGUCGGCGGCGCCAGAUGCGCCGCUGUUUCACAGUGCGCUGGAUGAGUUCAGGGAAGAGUAUGACGAGGAGGAGAGGGAGAGGGAUUUAGCGGACUUUUAUGCGUUGCAGAGGUCGAGGAGGGUGGUGGGAGCGAGGAUGGAGGAGAGUGAGGAGACGGAGCGGGAGGGUGGGAGUACGGUGGAGUUCAGCAGGGAGGAGGAUAUGGGCGUGGGGAGAGGGAGAGGUAUUAAGAGUAGUUGGCAUGGAGGGAGGGGGAGCGUGAGAGAGAGGGGUGCGGAACCGGAGACUCUGAGGGAGGUGCCGGAGGGAGUACGUUAUGAGGAAAGCCAGAGGCGGACGAAUAGCGAUGCGAGCAGCAAUGAGAGGGGACAUAUGGUGGAUAUCGGGCUGGAAUCAGCUAUCGACGAUAACGAUCCGCCGGACGACCUGACCUGUGAGGCUGUUGAUGACUCUCCACCGGCCUUCCAGCAAUUCCGCACGCCUGAGAGCGGCCCUGGGAGGAUGCCGGAUUCGAAGAUCUUUCACGGGAAUAGGGAUUUGGAAGCUGCCAUGAUGGAUAGCACCCGGCCUCCCAGUGUUGUGUCAACGGUUCCUGCGACGAUGGGACCCAUGGCAAUGGCUGAAUUGCCAAAACACGAUGUCUUCUGGGGAUCACUUUACUUCAUCGGACUUGCAGCGCUGUUUUCGACCUUCUUCCUCGUGUUCUUGCACACGUCGACGCCGAGCUCUAAGGUUCCGCUUGGCGAUACUAUAUACACGGCACUUCGGGCGUCAUCUCACCUAUUGGCAGUCGACACAGUCGUUGCGGUGAUCAUCUCACUACUUUGGCUGGCACUCCUCCGCUCGUUCGUACGACCGCUAGUCUACAUUUUGGUUGUCGCAGUUCCUGUCAUCCUCUUCUCCUUCUCUCUCUACCCACUCAUCUCCUCCUACAAAGGAGUCGAGCACGGGACCUCUAUCCAAGACCGCGCCAUGCGUUGGCUCUCUUUUGUCCCCCUCUUCACUGCCAUAAUCUGGUCCUACACCGUCUUCCAAGGCCGACACUCCCUCCACAAAGCCGUCGGGAUCCUCGAAUUUUCCUCUCGCAUCCUCGCCGCCAACCCCGCACUCCUCACCCUCGGCUUCGCAACCCUCGCCGCCGUCAUCCUCUGGACCUGGCUUUGGCUCGCCAUGUUCACCCGCGUCUUCCUCGGCGGCCACCUCGUCUCCUCCAUCUUCAUCAUCGACUUCGCCACCUGGUGGCUCGGUGCUUUCUUCGUCCUCAUGUACCUCUGGACGCUCUCCGUCCUCAGCGGACUCCAGCGUGUCGCCACCGCCGCCACAGCAAGCCAGUGGUACUUCCACCGCAACGCUGCGCCUGCCCCGUCAUCGCGUGACAUCGUCCUCGCGGGCCUCACGCACGCCUCAACCACCCAAUUCGGCACUAUCUGCCUAGCUACCCUCCUCGCGCUCGCUAUCCGUCUGCCCGUUCUACUUCUUCCCCGUCGCCUCCUCGCAUGCGCAUCCCUCUUCGCAUAUAGCCUCAUUCCCUCCCCCGUUGCCUCCCUCACAAACCCGCUCACCCUCACCUACGCCGGCAUCCAGUCGCAGCCUCUCGCGCCAUCCGCGCGCGCCUUGAGCCACAUGACAUAUCUCGGUCUUCAGGGCCCGACAAGCACCCUGGCGCCACGAUCAUUCGGAGCUAGGAACCAGGGGAACGCGCCACUACUGCCGUAUCGCCUCGCGAAGCUGCUGCUGCACGCGACGCGCUGUAUUAUGGCUGUUUCGCUAGGAUUCGGCGGCUGGGUCGCCACGGCGCGGCAGCUGGAGGUUGCGGGCAGCAAUGGAGUAAGGGGCAGCGUGUACGCUUAUGUUGUUGGGAUGGUAGCGGGGUUUAUUGGGUGGGGUGUGCUGGGGGCGAUGGAGGGGGUGUUGGCGGGGAUUGUGGAUGGGGCGGUUGUGUGUUGGGGGAUUGAGAGGGGGACGGUGGGGGGGGGGAGGUAUUGUCUUGAGGCUGGGUGGUUGUUUGGGGAUGGGAGGGAGGAGGAGAGGGAGUAA